AUGCAGCUUACCCUACUUCAAAGCACUGUAGCCGGCUCAAUUUCUCGGCUUGAGCUUCUUCGGUGGUAUCGAGAGGGCAAGAGAAUUGGGAAAGAUUUCGUUCUAAUUGACCUACGUCGUACCGAUUUUGAGGUUUUUACACAUUUCUUCUUCCGCCGUCUGCAUGGAGGAACGAUCCGGGGCUCUCUGAACCUUCCAGUACAGAGCUUGUAUCAUGCGAUCCCGACUCUGUAUUCUGUCCUCUCGCAAGGCAAGAUCGCUAACGUGGUGUGGUAUUGCGGUCCGUAUCAUCUGAUGAAAGAAGCAGGCUCUUCUCAAGGUCGUGGUGCGCGUGCCACCAAGUGGUUUGCAGAAUAUCUGAAAGAGCGAAAGGAUGGAGAAAUGAGAAGCCUAGUGCUAGAGGGAGGUGUUAAGGGAUGGGCAGCAGCGGGUACGGAUUAUACUCAGCUUAUGGAUGAGUAUGAUGAGUCAAAAUGGGUGAGAUAG